AGUGACAGUUGAAAUGACAUAAGGAUAACCUAUAAAUUUCCCGUAUCGAAAUUGAUACAAAGUAAAAUAAAUUAAGACUAGUUUUAUAAUAAAUAAAACCUUAAACAUGAGUGACUUAUCUGACUUUGGAGGUUCAAAGGCUGGAGACUCUGAACUCCAAGAUUUUCUCAUGGUAGAAAAACAGAAAGCUCAAUUCCAUGCUCAGAUACACGAGUUCAACGAUUUCUGUUGGGAGAAGUGCGUAGACAAACCAGGAGCUAAGCUGGACAGCCGCACAGAGACAUGCAUCACCAACUGUGUGGAGCGAUUCAUUGAUGUAUCCCUCCUCAUCACGAACAGAUUCGCCCAGAUGCUCGAAAAGGGAGGCGGCAUGCACUGACCUACUCCUCAAAUUUAGUCAUUAAUUCACAUCAUUUAUAGUGUAGUUUAGGUCUUGAGAUGAUGUAACAUGUUGUAAAACAUUUAUGUUAUUGUUUAACAUUGAUUUCUUAGUAUCUGAUAUGAUUUGUGAGUGUACUAAGCUAUUGGUAUAUGGAUUUCUCAGAUUCUGCAUUUAGGGGUUGAGUGCUGCCAAAAUGCUGUAUAAAACCUUAAAAAGAACAAUUUGAAACCACUAAUACAGAAGAAGCUAAGCUACAUUUGAUGCCAAGUGCACUAACAGUAGUGUAACCAGUGUUUUAAAGGUUAUAAAUUCAUUUCAUUGCAUUGUUAUGCUUGGUACAGUUAAAUAUAUUAUGCUUGUUACCAUAAGUUAUGGUUUAAUUCAAUAAAACAUUCAUUUCUUA